GCUUCUCACUCCAGCUCAGACGGAGGCGCUGUGAAGUUCUCAGUGCGCUACUAACACAAACCAUAAUACCAAAGAAAGAAGAGCUUAUAGUUUGAAGCCCUCAGCCGAUGUUGAGCAUGAAAGCGCAGGUGGAUGUGAUCUGCUGUAAGUCAGUAGGAACUGAUCUGUCCAUGCUGGAUAUUGAGGAUUUCAUCACAGAAAUCUGUCAGCUGAAGAAAGAGGUGGCGUCACUGGAGGCAAAGCUGAGAGAAAGAGAAGAGAAGCAGAAUGGAGAGGAUUCAGUCUGGAGCAUCAGAGAUGAGCCCGCGGCACAACUUUCUGAUCAAAGAUCUGGAAACACACAAGACUCAGAGCUCAGCCUUAGUUUGCUUUGCUAUACUGACGCUCAGGAGAGCAUGUGUGACAGUCAUGGAUCCGUUGACCAAACCCCCACAGAGUCUCUGGGGUCCGACUGUAACGCUGGAGAACAGCAGACGGCGGAGACGCAGAUGAGGGUGUGCUCCAUCAAACUGGUGGACUGCAGGAAUCCAAAGGAGACGAUAGAAGAAGCCACUGCGGAGAAAGAGAAAAGUGACAACGAUGAUGGCAACUGUGACGAUGAUGCCGACUUUAAUCCUCUGGAUGAAAACAGCAGUUCAUCUUCUGAUGAAGAAACAGCCUCAACAUCCAAAGAGCAGAUGGCGGUCAAGAGCUUUUCCUGCGUUGUCUGUGGAAAAACAUUCAGCAAACAGGGUAAUUUAGCGAGACACGAGAGAAAGCACACAGAACAGAAAGACUACAGCUGUAAGAAAUGCGACAUCAGUUUUCCUACCUUAAAAGAAAGAAGACUUCAUUCAAAAGAGCACAGCGUGAAGAAGGAGUUCCGCUGCGAGCAGUGCGGGAAGGUUUCCUUCUCUUCUGGUAAUUUGAAGAUUCACAUGAAGACGCACACUGGCGAAAAGCCUUUCCACUGCAGCGAGUGCGACAAAUACUUCAGCACGAAACAAUCUCUUAUUGUUCAUAAGCGAAUCCACACGGGUGAGAAACCGUACCAGUGCCCUCACUGCGAGAAACGUUUCAGAGACGGGUCCCAUUUCAAGACGCACAUGCGUUCGCACGCCAGCGAGAGGCCGUACCAGUGCAGCGAAUGCGGGAAAACCUUUAAGCAGCCGAUUUGCUUAAUAUCUCACCAGAAAAUACAUUCUGAGAAACUGUAUCAGUGCACACAUUGUGACAAACGUUUCCGUCAGAUUUCUCAGCUGAAACGCCACGAGAGAAUGCACUCUGGAGAGAGACCGUACCUGUGCUUUCACUGCGGGAAGAGCUUUUCCGAUCCAGCUCAUUUCAGAGUCCAUCAGAGAGUCCACACUGGAGAAAGGCCGUACCAAUGUAGCGUUUGCGGAAAGAGCUUCCGCCAACACACCAACUUACUGAAGCACCAGCGGAUUCACACGGGAGAAAGACCAUUCAAAUGCUCACACUGUGACAAGACGUUUGCUCGAUCGGACGUCCUGAAGAUCCAUGAGCGAGUUCAUACGGGAGAGAAACCUUACCGCUGCUCCAUCUGCGGCGAGAGAUUCGCUUAUUUAGGGGGUUUUCAGACCCACCAGAACAAACACACUAAAGAACAAACUGCUCCAGAAUCAUCAUAAUCACUCAGUCAGUCUGCAAAAAAAAAGUCAUUCAGCUUAUCUUGAAACUGUAUAUUGAGUAUUUGUGAGCUUUCUUGUAAAUUUGGAAUAGAGAUGGACUGAAUGUUGAAUGCUGUGAUUGUAGUCGUGUUUGACAAGGCAGGACAAUAAUGCUGUAACUACACCAUACUGUGCGCAAAAAGCACCUAAUCAAAAGUAGUUGUAUAUUUUUCACCUUGUUUUUGUUUUCAAGGCCACUUUUAAAUCUCAAGUAAUUUUAUGAUACUGCAUCAGAUGAGAAAUUGCCAUUGAGAUGAACGAGACUACUAAUGCAUAGCUUCCUGCAAGUGUAUUAGAUCUCCUUGAUAUGCACUUAGAAAGAAAUUGUGGGGAAAAAUGGAAAUCAUUGGUAAAUGUAAUAAAUUGCA